GUCUCGUUCGGAUUUCCAGACAAGACCUCAGCUCCGGCGGCAGCAUCAGCCCGGCGCGUCUCGAGCUCCCAGGCGCUGCGCCCCGAGAAGGCGCAGAGCGCGACCGCCGCAGCUGAGCCGCCCGCCGCGCCCCGGGCCCGCGCAGCCCCCGCCAAGACCGCGGCGCGCGCAGCCUUGUCACCCCCGGACCGUCAGCAGCGGCGGCUGCUCAGACCUCGGAUUCUGCGGGUGCUGGGGGCCAGCGGGGGGCUGUCGGCAUCCCUCGCCCUCCUCGCGGCGGCGGCGGCGGCGGCGGGAACCUUGGCCGCCGCCUCCUGCGCGCCCUCGCUGCCCCGAGCGGCCCCAGGACUCCGAACUCUUGCCCCUGACCUGUCGGGCGGGGCUCCGCGCUCCUACCCUUGGCCCGGAUGGGUUUCCUGGCUGGGACUUGGGUCUCCUGGAGUUAAUGUCCAACUGGGGGUCUGCGGAGACCGGAUCCGAGGUGCCGCCGCCGGUCGGGACUCUAAGAUGAAGUUAUGGGAUGUCGUGGCUGUCUGCCUGGUGCUGCUCCACACCGCGUCCUCCUUCCCGCUGCCCGCCGGUAAGAGGCCUCCCGAGGCGCCCGCCGAAGACCGCUCCCUCGGCCGCCGCCGCGCGCCCUUGGCGCUGAGCAGUGACUCCAAUAUGCCAGAGGAUUAUCCUGAUCAGUUUGACGAUGUCAUGGAUUUUAUUCAAGCCACCAUUAAAAGACUGAAAAGAUCACCAGAUAAACAAAUGGCAGUGCUUCCUAGAAGAGAACGGAACCGGCAGACUGCAGCUGCCCACCCGGAGAACUCCAGGGGUAAAGGUCGGCGAGGCCAGAGGGGUAAAAACCGGGGCUGCGUUUUAACUGCGAUACAUUUAAAUGUCACUGACUUGGGUUUGGGCUAUGAAACCAAGGAGGAACUGAUUUUUCGGUACUGCAGCGGCUCCUGCGAGACAGCUGAGACAACGUACGACAAAAUCUUAAAAAACUUAUCCAAAAAUAGAAGGCUGGUUAGUGACAAAGUAGGGCAGGCAUGUUGUAGACCCAUCGCCUUCGAUGACGACCUGUCAUUUUUAGAUGAUAACCUGGUUUACCAUAUUCUAAGAAAGCAUUCCGCUAAAAGGUGUGGAUGUAUCUGACUCCGGCUCCAGAGACCGCUGUGUAUUGCAUUCCUGCUACAGUGCAAAGAAAGGGACCAAGGUUCCCAGGAAAUGUUUGCCCGGAUGGAAGAUGAGGACCAAGGCAGCAGAGGAGGAGCAGCAGGAGGAGGAAGGCAGCCGUCGUGGGAGCCUGGUAGAGUGGGAUCCAGCUGCAGACAGCGGGACAGGAGCGAGAGAAAACUGCUGUCUGGAUCCUCCCGGGCGGCAGCUGAUGCCACCAGCAGCUCAGGGCUGGUGUCCCUGGAUGAGCGUUGCCAUUGUCAUGCCUGACACAGCCCACCGUCCCUGGUCACGGGCACAGUUGCGGAUGCACUUGAAACCAAACCAGUGUAUCUCCUGUGGUUUGUUUUCACAUGUCUGGAGACACCAGGGAAACGGUAAUCCCGGUGUCAUUCCUUGUCAUUAUGUUUUACUGCUGAAAGCAAGAAAGGUUUAUUUUUCUGUCACUCAGUGGAGACAUACCCCGGAAAGGGAAAAAAAAAAAAAAAGCAAAGACACAGAGAUAGUAACCUUUGAAUUUGAAAUUUGAAGCCUGAGGUUUACUACAGCCAGCAGUACAGUUUUUGUGAACGGCUGGUGAUUGAUUUUGAACAUGGUGUGUGGGUAGGAAGAAGUUGGCUAGGAACCAAAAAGGCUGUCCUCAUGACUAAAAACAAACCUGAAGGUAUUUCCUUUAUGUCCUUGGAAACAGGAAACCAGUUGUGGUUUUCGGCAGCAUUCUUGCAGGAGAGCGAGUGGGGAGGGCCCCCAGCUGCACAGGGCAGCGAGACCCGCCCGCAGGGCCUGUCGGUUUACAGAGACAGAUGUUACAUACACCCAGCUCCAUUUAGGCGUGGUCACCAGUGACCAGAGAAGCUACUCGAUGCAAUGCAUCUGUUUCAGAUACAGAAAUAUAGAGAAGAUAUUUAUUGAGAUUUAAGUUAUUGUUAUUUAUUACUGUUCACUAAUGAGUUUCUCUGUUUUCCCUUAUUUAUUAAAGUUUCUUUUCAAAGGUGCCAAAGUAUUAUGUGCUCGCAAAAUGCAUUGAAAAGUAACAAAGGAAAUUUUAAUUGGGAACAAGGGUCCAUGCUUUUCAAAGUAUUAAAAAGUGUUUCGUGAGGCAAAAAUCACUUACUUUACCUUUUUAAGUAAAGCCCUCAUUAAUUUCCCCCAUUUCAGCUUCUUCCCUAUUUUUAUUUUUUUAAAAAGGAAUGUGUGAGAAGGAGUGCUUCUGACAGCAUGCAGAGCUCAUCAGCAUGUGGUUUUAUUUCUUCUUUGCUCCAUCACCAGAUAUGCCAUAUGCCACAUGGCCCACUUUGUGUUGUAUUUAAGCUCUUACUUCCCUCCACCUGUAUCUAUCUAUGAUAUGCAUAACUGCGUAGAGGAAAGGCAUAGAGGCCCAUAUGCAAGGCACUGGGCCCUGCUUGGAGCUUGUUCCACAUUUCAUAAAAGGGAUUUUUAUCAAGACCAUCCAUCACUACCUUAGUGGCUGUCACCCAAAAGUAUCACAGAUUUAGCAAUUAAAUGACCUACUGGCCUCCCUCAAAUAAUCAUGUUAAUUUUACAAAGCAACCAAGAAGCAGUAGUCACAUCUUUCCCCCAGCCCCCAAAGACCCAAGUUCUCCAUCAUUCUGCCCCACUUUGUCUUUUCUGCUCCCCUUGCAAACUCAAAAAUAGAGGAAAAGGGCCUCUCUCCCACCCUUUCCUGGGGCCAGAGCAGGGACUUUGCUGAGAAGCAGCCUGCUCAAAAAAGUGACAUAACCAGCCAUCUGGUCAUUCAUGGGGCACAAUUUGAUGUAACACCAGGAUAAUCUGUGAGACUCAGUUCUGGCAGAUUUGGUGGCUGGUGUCCCCAGGUGUUGACCUCAGCAAGUCCCCAGCUCCCCAUGAAGAGUCCCCACCCACAGGGACUUUAGGACUGCUUUAGGACUGAAUGGGUGUUGACAACGUGUUCCCAGCAUCACCUACACACCAUAAGCAAUUUUUAACUGAAGAAAUUAGUCCACCAAAUCCACAAAAGGGUAAAGUUCGUGAUUUUUCUUUACCAUUGCGAUUGCCACCUGAUCCAGUCAGGGGCGCAUUUCUUUGGAAGUCCUGAUUUCUCUGAUCUGUCUCGGUCGUUUGUGUUACUCAACCAAAGUUCUCUACAGACUUUAUUUUUGUACAAUAUCGUUUUGUAACUUUUUACAAAUAAAAAAUCAUUUGUAUUGCU